CGUCGAGCGUCCCGCUGGGUGGCCUUAAUGCUUAUAGGUUUCUGUUGUUCCUUAUUUGCGGUACGGCCGAUCGACAGUGCUAUAGAAGGGUAGGUCUUUACUGGCGCGUGUUUAGAGUAAGCUGGAGGGAGGUUUACGAGGACGUCAUAAAGCUCAGGUUUUAGGCCGAGGACGCGGUCAGUAGUACAUGCAAUCCAGCAGCUAUCGGGAUCUGAGAUGGAGGGAGAUGGUCGUGAUACUAGGUAUGGCAUGUCGUGGAUGCCAACGCUAAAUAGCGGUCGAGGUCUGAGAGCUAACGAAGAAGUUGGUGGGAUAAAAGGGAGUAGGGAUUGUGGAAGCGAGGAGAGAAGAGCUAGGUCAUAUACUUUGGUUUGAGCGUUAGUCAUUUGGCAGUGUCCAAUGUCUGGGGUGGGAAGGUGACAAACCGAAGUUACAUGAUUCCUCGACAGGUGCCUCGCCCACUAAGAGGAUCCGUUUGCGUAAUAAAGCUGCUCGAUAUAACUGGAAAACUAAUGGUCCAAAGGUAUCUAAGAACUCUGGGAGGGAGAGGGCGGGAUGGUAAGGCGCAAGGGAUUGCUUUGCGGUCAACAGUGCCGUGGCGUCGCUGAGGGCGCGAUGCCUGGCGUAUACAUCACGAACAGGUGUUUUUAAGCUUGCGAUUGAACCCAAUGGGGAAUCCGGGGGAGAAACAGUAUCUUCAGAUAGCUGGUACGUUUCCCAGUAUGCGGACAAGGGCUCCGUAUUAUCAAGAUCUUCUGCUAGGCUCCUGUCAUUGAUACCAUGAGUCCCAUUAUCCUUUUGAUUCUAGCGUCUCCCAAUUCAUACCUGGCCAAUUCCUUUAGUUUUGCAGCAUGUCUCCAGGCCUUUCCUAGUCUACCAUAGCUGAGAGGCACCAAAACUCCAACAGCCAGCAUCAAGGCAUUCCGCUGCGACUCUGCUGCAGGGUGGUUUACAAACGCGCUGAUACCGGCAUAUUGCUCGUGGACGAAAUAACUGCGUGGUGGAUGAUCAGAAAAUGUAAAAGGUAAUGAUCAGAAAGUUUGACGUACAUAAGAUCUUCCCGGACGUUGUGUAGACCCGAUGGGAGUGAUUUAUAUUCAACAACGUUCUCAACGACAACUAUUGUACAGGUAUCAGCCUGUGCGGCCUUGGAGUGGGGGCUGAGAGCAUACCCUCUGGUACAGAUCGCUUCCAUUUUACCGUAUAACUAUAGACAAACAGAAUCCCAUUGUCAGUACAGCGCAUCACCAAUGGUAUCUCGGCUCUCUACCCACUCUGUGGAUAGGGGCAUACGCACCCGGCCUUGAUGUCAAAGCGGAUGAGGAAGAUGGCGGCGACAUUAGGCGGCGCUUCUGGGAACACGGUCACAUCAGGUCUGAUAGCUCUCGGGCUCCUUCUCCUAUCUGAUGCCAUAGAUGCGGGGAUAUAGGUGCGAGGUCGUAGAACGCAUAGGGCGCUGCCUGCAAAGGACCCCUGAGACGAGUCUUGAAGUUGGUGGAGGAUGGAUAGCUUGCUAAGUCGUCCGGCACCCUGGAUCGCUGUAAGCGCCAUGCCCACGCACCAGAGCCUGUUUCGGCCACGCAGCUUCAACCUACGUCCUUGGUGCGCUUGGCGGCUCUGUUUCUUCCCCCUGAAGAGAGUGUUCUCCUAGCGGUCUUUACUUGUCCGGUGCUUUUGGAGGUACAGAGUAGAUACGCCACUCAAAUUUUAUCCGUACCUAUCUUAGAAGGCAGCCUUCCUCGCCAUUGCUUUCGUUUCCCUACCACAUUCGUUGGUUUUCGCUGCAAGGAUGGCUGGGCAAAUGGCCAAUUCCACCCCGCCCAACUCUCACCCAUACUACCCAAUUGAAGUGGAACUCAUUGGUUACCUUGCCAAUGAGUGGUCUGUUCCUCUUCUUAUUUCUGCAUUUGCGGCGGGAUGGGCCUUCAUUCUAGGAUCCACGUUGGUAAUUCUAUCGUUCGUUGCCCCGAAACUAGGAAGGGCAGAUAGGCUGGCUGUAUUAUGGUUCGUCUUAACCGGAAGCAUUCAUUUGUUUUUCGAAGGCUACUUUGUUGUCAACCACACUCGCAUGGCCUCGGCACAAGACUUUUUUGGACAGCUAUGGAAGGAGUAUUCGUUAUCGGACUCCCGAUACCUAACCUCGGAUCCUUUCGUUCUGUGCAUGGAAACAAUUACGGCUAUUCUGUGGGGACCACUUUGCUUCGUCCACGUGUAUCUUAUCGCGAGCGAACAUCCACUCCGCCACCCCCUUCAGUUAAUCAUAUCGAGCGGGCAGAUCUACGGGGAUAUUCUUUACUAUGCCACGAGCAUGUUCGAUCACUACUACAAUGGGUUGAGCUACUGCAGACCAGAGGCGUAUUAUUUCUGGUGCUACUACUUUUUCAUGAACUUCCUCUGGAUCGUUAUCCCUUCCUAUUAUUUGGUAAAAAGCAUGGGCGCCAUGUCCCAUGCCGUCAAGUGUGUCAACGAAGCUGCAGGCAAGCGCAAAACGAAGUGAUAAACCGUUAAAAUGCCCGAAUAUAACAGCGGCUGCAUACUAAACGCCUUAUACCUUUGAUUUUAAUAUUUGCUAUAUAUCAGCGAUCUGGACGGCGCUUUGGGGCAGAGAGAGUACAGGCGAUAUGAAAACUUUUCUAUGGAUACUCUCUUUUGAUGCGCCUCAUAUAAAUUUCAUCUUCACACAUAUAUACAUAUAGACCAUACAUAAUAUAAACGUUUCAUCUCCUCUGGAGACUCUGCGAAUAGCUGCAAGGCCUCAGCAAAUAAAACACCGACUCAAGGUCUCGGUGCAUGUAAACUGGUUAACGGGCAGUAAACAAAGGCGAAGACAGCUCAUUCAUGUGUCUCAGUCAACUCAUAUAUAAUAAUUGUAAUUUCGGUUUAG